ACUUCCACUAAAACACAAGUUAGGAGUCACUACUAUUUGGAUGCAGGGGGUAUGUGGUAAAUUUAGGAGAAGGAUCUGCAAGUUGAAAGAUAGUUUAGCUCGACACGUGCUCCUGUCUGGACCAAAACGAGUCACAUGAUCGCUUCUCUUCAGUCUGCAGCUGAGUGUGUGUUGUUGCUUAUCAAUCUGCAGCUGAUCUCGGCGGACCUGAUCCAACAUGGACAUUACAUUUGCGGGCAAACGAGCUCUGGUCACCGGAGCAGGAAAAGGAAUUGGCAGGGCCACGGCUCUGAUGCUGGCACGCUGCGGGGCAAAGGUCACAGCGGUCACACGCACGCAGGCUGACCUCGCCAGCCUGGUGCAGGAGUGUGCGUCCAUCACUCCAGUGUGUGUGGACUUGGCAGACUGGGGGGCCACGGAGGCGGCCCUGCAGGACGUCGGCCCCAUCGAUCUGCUGGUGAAUAACGCUGCCUAUGCCAAUCUGCAGCCGUUUCUGGAGGUCACACCCGAUCAGUUUGACAAGUCGUUCAAUGUGAAUGUGAAAGCUGUGUUGCAUGUCUCCCAGAUAGUGGCCCGUGGUAUGAAGGCCAGAGGAUCAGGAGGCUCCAUUGUAAACGUGUCCAGCCAGGCAUCACAGUGCGCCCUCAGAGACCACACUGUCUACUGUGCCACUAAAGCAGCCCUGGACAUGCUGACUAAAAUGAUGGCUCUGGAGCUGGGAGCCCACCAGAUCCGUGUGAACAGUGUGAACCCCACAGUGGUGAUGACAGAGAUGGGUCGCAUAGGCUGGAGCGACCCUGAAAAGGCCAAGACCAUGACUUCCCGCAUCCCCCUAGGCCGCUUCGCAGAGGUGGAGGACGUGGUCAACAGUAUUUUAUUCCUGCUGAGUGAUAAGAGCAACAUGACGAAUGGAGUCUCUCUGGCGGUGGACGGAGGCUUCCUGGCCUGCUGACCAGCAUGGUGCUUGUCUCAGCAAACUGCCCGUCCUCUCAGAGGAAAAAGAAAAAUACUUCAUAUCCCAUCUGUUCACUGCAUUAUAUAAAUGAAGGUCAAUUUUAUUCGUAAUUAAACUCAACCACUGAACUACUAA